AUGGCGGAACGCGCCCUGAUCCGGCUUGCGCAAGAUGUGGAAGACGCCGCUUCUGGACUACACACGCUUCGCGACAGCUUACCGCGCUCUGCUCCAUAUGUGACAUCAGUGAUUAGCGAACUGUUCGCGAAUAGCAGAAUUCUUCUCGACUUGGAUCGAGCUCAACAUGAUCCACAGCUGGAACCCUCGGUUUACAGGGUACGUGACGAUGUGGGAAGGCUGUAUAGUAGCCUUGGGUCCACUGUCCAGGAUGUUUUCGACAUGUUCGGACGGUCUAGGAUCAGGCCGCGGGAGACAGCUUGGGAUGAUUUACAGCAUCACAUGGCGACUGAAGAAGGGCUGGGACUUCUGGAACGCCUUCAGUGUUACCGCGCCUUCCUCCAGGCUCAGUACGACAUCGUCAACUAUGGCUACCAGCCACGCGGAUUGCUCGGCUUGAGAAGGCAGCUAAUGACGCUCCUUGACGCGCAAGAAGCCAAUACGAUACGACCGACUCGACCAAUCUUGACCAUACCUGGGCCAGACACUCCGCGACCUCGUCCUAGACGCCUAUCGGCGCGUCGAACAGACACGCCCAUCUCGCCGACUGACAUUUACAGUGAUUGGGACAGCGACUAUGCACGACCAGUGGCGCCGGAACCUCCGCCGUUGUCACCAUUGUCGCCAACGUUCACCUCAAGCUCGUCUCAGACUCUCGAGUCUAGUCAGACUUCGUACUCUGAGGAGCCUGAUCGAGUGACGGAGCUCGUCCACUGGGCCCAACAUAUUCUUGACGGACAACAUGACCGUACACCUUUCCGGGCAGACUACGUGACUGACGACCGAUCCGUCUGCCACGGUACUUCUGACGAAUCCGCACUUCAUCAUCUUGGCCAAGAUGGUUUCAUGCGUGUCCUACAAUUACCGUUCGACCGUGAACAUUUGUGGAUAAGGCUAUACUGGCGACCUCCGGAUGGCCGAGCUCGCAUUCUGAUCAUGACACUCGAUAGCCUCGGACGGGUCGAAUAUUACAGUGCACCAUUGACCAAUCUGAAGAUCAUCCGGAAGGACUCCAGCUUGCAGCUAUGUAAGGCUAGGACUCACGGCAGAUACCACCUUUGGGCACAGCUUAACUUCCUGCUUUACGAGAGGAUGGUUCUAUUGUACUGCACCUUUGUCGCGAUGAAGCACCAGGACCAGCGUGGAAUCCCGCACGAUAACCUUCUCGAUUGUCAUGAGCUCAAAGGCGAGCACGAGCGCUUCGAAAUGGAGGAGUUUGGCGGCGUCAUCAUGCACCGCCGCAUGCCGCACGCUCUUCGUCUCCUACGGGACCGCCUCUCGGGAGUUGUUCGCCUAGAAGCUUGUGCUUAUCAUGGGCCCAGGAGCGACGUGCCGCUCUGGACAGCGUUUGUGACAAAGUAUGCUCGACAAGGUGACGCAGCGUGGGCUGAAUAUUGUAGCGACGGCGUGGUCAGCUUGGCGGCUAUCAAGCCACCGCCCUAUGUCUUUCUACCCGGUCACGAGAUUCCUUGCAGCCGCGAUGGCGAGUAUCUGCUGCACUUCUGCAGUGCUGAGGACGGCAAAGAGUUUGUAGAGUCAUGGACUCGCUUAUGUGGGCUCUCGCCCUACCGUUAG